AUGCCUGUGUCCCAUCCACAGUACAACUACCCGCCCAUGCACAACUCCCCAGAAUCGGUACAGCCACAAGUUUAUCGGCCAUCCGUGUAUCCAGCCUAUACCCCCAAUGGGGUCGACUAUUCUGUCAGUGAUCUCCCAUCCAGGGGCGUCGCCCGCACUCCGAGCCCGACCCCCAGCGAAGCUCGCGCUCUCUCGGGAAAGACCCGAAUGUGCAACCUCAGGGCACUCCUCCAUCCCCGCACGUUCAAGCGCAUCAACCGCCAAAACAUCGUGCCCGUCAUUGCCGGAUUCACGGUCGCAGCUGCGUUGAUCGUAAUGCUGGCGCUGCACUCUCGCAUCGAGGACGCACUGGAGCCGGCGGCUCGGCAGCUGCGCAACAUGCCCGCAGGAUGGCUCAUUCCCAUCGCCAUACUCAUCGUCUUGUCCAUUCCCCCACUCUUCGGCCACGAAAUUAUCGCGUUUCUCGUCGGCGACGUCUGGGGCGUUGGGAUCGGCUUCGGUAUCGUCGCCGCGGGCACGAUCCUCGGAGAACUGCUCACCUUCUUCAUCUUCAAGUACUCGUGCACAAAGCGCGGGCGCAAGCUCGAGGAGACGCAGCUCAAGUUCGCGCUCUACUCCGGCGUCGUGCGCGGGGGCGGCAUAAUAGUCCCCAUCGUCAUGCGCUACAGCGCGAUUCCCGGGCACAUGACCACGGCCGUGUUCGCGAUGUGCGGGAUGCGCCUCUGGGUCUUCCUGCUCGCCGCAACUCUCUCUCUCCCCAAACAGCUCGCGCUGGUCUUCAUCGGCGACGACCGCUCCGGCAGGAUCGUGAAGAUCGUCGUGAUCGUCGUGAUUGUCCUUGUCACCAUCGGCGCGAUGCGCUACAUCGGUGCGAGGGUGGACGCGAUCAAGCAAGAGGUGAUCUACGCCCGUCGGAAGGCGAGUUAUGACGCGUACAGACAGGCGAAGCAGCUCGAGGUGGACGCGGAUGAGGUCAACGCGCCGAAGCUGAGCGACGCAUCUGUUUCCCCAGCCCCAGCCCAGUAG